GCAGUGACGUUUCGUCGCAAGACACCGAUCAAGCGAUUCCACCAACAUCGCCGAGGAGGAAUCGUUUUGAAAGAGGUGGACGAGACUGCGCGCUCUGUCCCGUUUUCAUCGGGACCCGAGUUGGUGGUGAUCCAGCCGCCGCGGUGCCGCUGUGGGAGUGUCGCACGCACGCACGCACGCACGCACGCGAGGAUAGUUUGCCCUGGAUUUUCAAUCAUUUGCGAGAUAAGGCUAUCGGACCUCCUCCUCCUCCUCUUUGACGCUACCCUCCCUUCCUCGUCCCCGGAUUUUCUCGUCCUCUCCAAGCUCCGUGAGACCGCACGCGGGGUAGAGGCUCGCGCCCACCGCGACAGAACCGAAGCAGGCCCCCUCCCCCACUCUCGAAGCCCCCCUCAGAUCAUCUCCUCAUUUUUCCCCUCCUUAAUAUUUUUCCUCGGAGGAGGAGGAGGAGGAUUGGGGGGAUUCUUUCGUUUCGCCCCUCUCUCUUCAACGUCCGUCCGAACUGAGUGAUAUUUUUAUUUGAUUUUUUCCUCCGGUUUUCUCGAAGCCCCCGACGAGGCCGGGCUGUGUUCAGAAAAGCGGUGGGGAUGACUUUGGAGUCAAUGAUGGCCUGCUGCUUGAGCGAAGAGGCCAAGGAGUCGAAACGAAUCAACGCGGAGAUCGAUAAGCAGCUCCGCCGGGACAAGCGCGACUCGAGGCGGGAGCUGAAGCUGCUUCUGCUCGGCACGGGUGAGAGCGGCAAGAGCACGUUCAUCAAACAGAUGCGCAUCAUCCACGGCACCGGAUACACGGAUGAGGACAAGCGCGGUUUCACCAAGCUGGUGUAUCAGAACAUCUACACCUCCAUGCAGUCCAUGAUCCGUGCCACAGAGACCCUGAAGAUCGGAUACAAGUAUGAACAGAACAAGGCGAACGCUAUGUUGGUGAAGGAGGUUGACAUUGAGAAGGUGAUGUCGUUCGAACAGCCCUACGUCAGUGCCAUAAAGAUGCUGUGGUCAGAUCCGGGCAUUCAGGAGGCUUACGACAGACGCAGAGAGUACCAGCUGUCAGACUCCACCAAAUAUUAUUUGUCUGAUAUGGACCGUAUCGCUGAGCACGGCUACCUGCCCACCCAGCAGGAUGUGCUGAGGGUUCGAAUCCCGACCACAGGCAUUAUCGAAUACCCAUUCGACCUUCAAAGCAUCAUUUUCAGAAUGGUUGAUGUUGGGGGUCAGAGGUCAGAGCGCAGGAAGUGGAUACACUGUUUUGAGAAUGUGACGUCCAUCAUGUUCCUGGUGGCUUUGAGCGAGUAUGAUCAGGUUCUGGUGGAGUCGGACAAUGAGAAUCGUAUGGAGGAGAGCAAGGCUCUGUUCAGGACGAUAAUCACAUAUCCAUGGUUCCAAAACUCCUCCGUCAUCCUCUUCCUCAACAAGAAGGACCUGCUGGAGGAGAAGAUCUCUUACUCGCACCUGGUCGACUACUUCCCUGAGUUUGAUGGGCCCCAGAGGGACGCCCAGGCCGCGCGGGAGUUCAUCCUGAAGAUGUUUGUGGAUCUGAACCCCGACAGCGACAAGAUCAUCUACUCGCAUUUCACCUGCGCCACCGACACGGAGAACAUCCGGUUCGUGUUCGCGGCGGUGAAGGACACCAUCCUGCAGCUGAACCUGAAGGAGUAUAACCUGGUGUGAGACGUAUAGCGGGUCCAUCACCCCUCUCACCAGUCAGCAGAACAGGCACCCGCUGAGCGUGCACACACACCUACGUCCACAUACAACACACACACGAGAUCAUACACACUAUCAGCGACACGCCGUUUUUUUUUCAGCUUCCUGACUUUUUCGGACAUCUCUUUGCUCUCAUCGUUAUUUUUGCCAAAGUCUGUCCGCUUCUCCUCAGCAGCUCUCGUCAAAGGCCUCUUUCCUUUUAUCAAAUUUGACCAUCUCGAAUUUGACAAAGGGUGUUAGAUUCUGACCUUCACGCGCUUCAUGUUGGACCGGCAGAGCUGUGACGUGCGGCGCUAGUGAACGGUCUGCAAUGCGUCGGCCUGAAAACUGGAGGUGACGUUCCUUCCUGUACUGUAUCGCUCGCUCCAAUCACGUCAUCUGUUUUUCUCAGAAUUCUGCCUGGAUGAAUAAAAAAUGUGGUUUUCACAGCCCUGCAAAAAAAGAAAAAAGAAAUCACAACAUAUUUACAUACUUGUACAUGGACACGAGGACUAGUGCUGUGGUGCCAGAAGUUCUGAAGCAGAUCCAUUGAAUCUUCUUGUAUUCCAGGGAUUCCGGCGGAUUCUAGAACCCAGUGGGUUCCAGCGGGAUCCACCAACGGUGUGGAGAACCUUUCUGUCGCAGAGUGAAUAUCUCGGUGUGGCUAGUCUUCAACUCGCAUCGAUGAAUGUAAACUUCAUGUGAGAGCAUCGCAAAAAAACUAACAAAAAAAUAUUUAAAAAAACGAUGAACGUUAAUAGUGUAAGAAUGCAUAUGUAAGCAAAACGAUACAACGCACGAGAAGGAGAGAUAAAACUAAUUCAAUAAAUCUGUGUAUAUGCUGAGAUGAUCAUUUUAAAACGUUUUUAAUGAUAAGUGGCUACUUCUGCUGUCAUAUUUAAAAUAAAUUAUAAAAGCAGUCAGUUAUUGAUGGGUAAGAUUUUUAAAUGUGUGCGAAACACACGCGAUAGGUUUUGUUCUGCAGAUUUUCACGUUUAAAACCAUUGCGUUGCUUCCUUACCCAGAGAUCUUGUUUUCCCCGGUUUAAUGUUUUGAUUUUAUAUCAGCAGCGUAGUGAUGAUCUAAAUGAAUUUAGAAGCUAAUUCCUCCGAGUGUGUGAAUUUCGUUUUUCUAGAUACUUUAUCAGAAUCUGGGUUGGAAACACGCAGGUAUUGACAUCGUCCGCCUGCCCAAGUGCACGCAAUUCAUCGUUUGUUUACGCAAAAAAAUGUUUACGGGGCUGCGGGGAGGGCUGGUGAGCAUUUAUGCGCUGAAGUUAAUUGAUUGUGUAUAUUUAUAUUUGUAAAUACGUAUACACAUUAUUGCUUAUGUACAAAACGUCUGUGGUACACUAUCUUUGGCAAAAAAGAGAGAAAAAAAUCACUUUGGUAAAUGUGUACGGUUUUGUUGGUUUUCUUAUGAAUUACAAUAUUAUUGAUACUGUGAUUCUUCUGGUUUUUAUUAUUUUUUGUCACUAUGAAUACACAGAUAUAACGCGUAGAGGACAUGCAGGAUUUAAGAGAUGAAGUACAGUUACGGGCAAAGGUCUGCAAGACUUCACAGGGAAAUCUAGAUUUUCAAAAGAGGAAAACGACAUCCUCUACAGUGUGAAUGUUAUUUGAGAGAAAAGUAUGAUUUUAAGCGAAAGAAAAGAUGAAUUAAAGAACAUUUUAUUUAUGUAAUUUAUGGACCAGAUUUGAAGUUGUUGAUAAUUUGAAUUCUAUCGUUUCCUCUUUCGUAUUUGAAGCACUCCCAAGUUAUACGACAGAAAUAGAAGACGAGUGUCUGUACUGCUGUAAAAAAACUUCCGUUUGAUACCAUUUUUUAUUGUUUCAUUUGUUUUUCUCCACACUUGAUUGUUGCCAUUAUGUUCCACACAAUAUAUUGUAUUAUAAAUAUAUUUCCCAAAUCACACGUUUCACUUUCCUACAGAUUCGUUUUUUUUUAUUACAUUUCCAAAUGAUGCGUAGGUGCUGUACUUAAAAAAGAACAUAGGAAAUGUACCAUUUGAAAAUAGGCGCUUUUGAUAAGCGAUUUGAAGAUCUACGCCUGCAAGUAGUGACUUUUCAUUCAGUUCUACUUUCAUUUGGUUUGCUUUGUUUCCCUCAUUGUGUUUGUGAUGCACAGAUAGGCAAAAAGUGUUAUUUUACUGUCCACAUUUUAUACAGGUGAUGUUGGAUUCAUUUUCAUCAAGGGCUAAGAAAACGAAAACCAGAGACGGGGCAGAUGUAGCCUCUAAUAGCUUCAAGAUCUGAGUGCUUUUUUGAGCGGUCUGAAGAAAUUGGGCUUUGUCAAACGGGGUCAUUGCCACCAGUAACUUCCCAUCACACCAAAAUCUUGUGUAUUUUAUCCGGUCGCAUAUUUGGAAAAGAAACCUGAUGUGUUCUUUGUGAACUGAACCCGUGCACUUCAGUGUUUCUGAGGGAUUUGCUUGUCACCGUUUGUAAACCCUGCGGUCAUUUCUGGUUCUUAGUUGUUUGUAGUGAGUUAGAUUUGUGGCAGUUGAACACUAAAUAAGCUUUAAAAACAUCUUAUAAAAGGUAUUGGUUCAACAACGUAGUGCAACAUCUGGCUGUAUGUUGUUUACAGGACGACCCGUAUGUCUCUCUCUCUCUCUCUCUAAAGUCAUGGGAUGUGGCUCAAAAAGACCUUUCGCUCCUGUAUUUUCUCAGCGUGGAUCUUUUGUUGUUUUGAACGCAUCGGUUGCAGAUGAUGCGUUGCUCCGGCCGCGGAGCUCGCUUGUUAUUAAUGCACUUUUUGGGUUUUGCGUGCCACAAAGAAAAUGACUGGAAUCGCUUUGGGGCCCGAAUAAGCAGCAAGCUAAGCGAGACUCAGCAGUAUCAGCUACACAUAUCACACCUUCAAGUGUGUUACUUCUUUAAUGUGCCAGUUCCGGACGUCUUGUGUUGCCCUUUCCCGAACGAACCUCUACCUCUGUGAACCGUGUGACGUUUUUGGGCAUUUCAGGAUUGGUAGUCAUGUAACAAGCACACUUAUUUUGUCUGUAGGACACAGUAGAUUGAGGUUUGGAGGCCAAACGCUCUGGAAGCAGAAGAGAUGAAAUAUUGGAUAUUUUGCUGACAAACGUCCAUCUGUUUGUAAGCUUUUGAUGUACACUAAACAUGGCAGCGAAUCAUUAACUCCUCCUCAGGUCUUACUUUGUUGGCUGACGUCCUGAUGGUCCACCGUGUGGUGGAGAGAAAUGUUAUGCUUAUCUUCCUUCAGUCCUGCAGUAAACAGAUCGAUGACAAGUCCUGACGUUGACUACAUGCGUCGUCCAAGCGUUUGCGUCUGUGUUCGCACAAAGUACGUUUUAAUGCGAAUCCAGUGAUUUUGAUGUGAAUUUGGGCGUGGGGCAACAACGUGGGUAUCGCAAUAGUCCAUCAUGCAACCAAAAAUGUAAAAAGUAUUCAUGUGUUGAUGACCAGCAAUGCCCAAUUUUAGAUUUUUUGAAUUCGAGUUCCAUUUGCUGACAAGUAGUAUAAGCUUGUGUGCGGCUAGGGACGGGUUACACACAUCUGCAUGUUGAGUGGACUGAAUGGUUGAGGUUCAGACCCAGGCAAACGUGAGAUUUUUGCUUCUUUUCCCAUUCUUUAUUAUAGCACAUUACCUGAAAACUCCUAUGUCCAGGACCACUCAGUUGUUUCUAUAUUUUGACACGGUGAUUACAUAAUUUUAUUUGGUUUCCCAUCUCUUUUUCUGAUCCUUUACACUUUUGUUUUGUAAUUAUACCAAAUGUAAAUGUUGUAUUAUGUGCGUGCCAAUCCCCAGUCUCUGAGACGGACUCGUAAAAAGUGCCAAUUGUUGUCCAAAUGACGUGCGGACCGCAAGAUUAGACACGUUCCCCUUUUCAAAACACUAAAUAUGAGAGUGAACAGUUUUACUUUGUAUUUAAGUUUGAAGAUAAACUGCUGUUUUCUCUUCUUUUUUAAGGAAUUGUAAUUAUUAAAGCAUGUGCUCAUUGUCUUGGAGGCAGUUUUGGGUUCAGACAAACACGGUGAAAUCCUCAAACCGAGGAGAGAUAGUGGAAAUUGAUUUAUAACAUUUAUGCCAUAUUUUUGUCGUUUUUAUUUGUUUUUGUUUCAUUUCAACCACUGUUGCCUGAACCUCAUUCAACAUGGAAAUGAUUUUCAUAACCGCCUUCUCAAAAAACGAAAACUAUAAAGUAUCUGUUUUAAAUUUAAAUAAAUUUGUUCCUAUACUUGC